ACGGAGACCCCGCAGAGACACCUGCCCAGUUGCGACAAGCGAGAAGUAGACCGAGAGAAAUAAAAAAGGGUAAAAAGUAUGCUGACGAAAUAAAACACAGAGACGACCGAGAGAAAAAAAAAGGUAGUAAACCUAUAACCCAAGGCAAUGGUGUUGGUGAAACCCCAGGCGAUGUCAUGUGA